AUGCAGAAAUCGGCUCUUUUCGCGCUCGCCAUGGCUGCCGCCGCCCAAGGCGCAGUCGACAACUCCAAGCUCAGCCCUCUGCGCUUCCGCGAAGACGGCACCUUUCACAUUUCCGUCUUUUCCGACCUGCACAUGGGCAUGUAUGCCAACUCCGCUCGCGGGCCGAAGCAGGACGCCAAGUCCGUCUCGGUCCUGGCGUCGGUGCUCGACAUUGAGAAGCCCGACUUUGCCGUCAUCAACGGCGACCUCAUCAACGGCGACAGCACGCGCGCGGACAACAGCACGCGCUACGUCGACCAGAUCGUCAAGCCGCUCGUCGACCGCAACCUCACCUGGGGCUCGACGUACGGCAACCACGACCACCAGCCGAACCUGUCGGGCGAGCUGCUCCUCGCGCGCGAGCAGACCUUUCCCGGCGCGCGCACGCAAAACAUGGUGCCCGGCGGCGGCGCCGCCGCCGGCAGCACAAACUACUUUGUGCCCGUCUACUCGGCGACGUGCAGGAACGUCAAGUGCUGCGCGCCCAAGCUGCUGCUCUGGUUCUUCGACAGCCGCGGCGGCUACUACUACCAGCAGCGCGACCGCCUGGGCCGCGCCGUCCCGCACCCCAACUGGGUCGACGAGAGCGUCGUGGCGUGGUUCGAGGCGACCAACGCCCGGCUGCGCGCGCGCUUCGGCCGCGCCAUCCCCUCGCUCGGCUUCGUCCACAUCCCCGCGUACGCGUCGGUCGAGCUGCAGACGCGCGGCGUCGACCCGAACCGCCAGCCGGGCAUCAACGACGAAAAGGCCAGCCCGCAGGCGCAGGGCUGGUGCGAGAGCGGCACGCACGACUGCGCGUACGGCAAGCAGGACACGGCGUUCAUGAAGGCUAUUGCCAAGACCGAGGGCAUGAUGGGGCUCUUCUCCGGCCACGACCACGCCAACUCGUGGUGCUACAAGUGGGACGGCGAGCUGCCCGGCGUCGAGGCCAAGGGCAGCGGCAUCAACCUGUGCUACGGCCAGCACACGGGCUACGGCGGCUACGGCGACUGGAUCCGCGGCUCGCGUGAGAUUUUCGUGUCGCUGGACAAGCUCAAGGAUCUGGUCAUUGACUCGCACAUUCGCACGGAGCUGGGCGACGUGAUUAACCCGGUUUCUCUGAAUGCCACGUACGGCCAGGACUCGUACCCUGUGUCGCCCAACGACAAGACAUACCUGUAG